UAUACACUUUAUUUGGAGAUGAACAAAAAUUUUAUAUAUAUUUUACAUAUUUUAUUAAAUAUAUUGUAUAUAUAAACCCCCAGUAAAAAAUAAUUGUCAACACUAUCACAAUAUUAUUAAAAGCUCUAGAGUUUCAUGAACAAUAUCAGAUAAUAUUUGAAUUUUAAUAAAUGAUGACCUCUUUAUUGAAAGAGAAAUCAUAGACAUCAACGGCAAGAAAAUAUAACUGAAAUAGCAUCAUAUUAAUCAAACUGUUAAAUAUAAAUGAUAAACUAUUUUUAUAGUUUUCUUAAAUAUCAAGAAUGGAUACAUUUAAAAAUCCACUAGAAACGGUACAGCUUAUACCAAUCUUUAGUUAUUUAAACAUACUCAGUGAUUUUUUAUUCAUUGAAAAUUGCCUCUCAGAAAUCGACCAAAAUAAACCAAUACCAAUUGUUAAUGCACUUUAUGAAUAUAUACACGACUAUGAGAAUAAUGCAUUAAAGAAAGUUCAAUUAAUUAGAGAAUUAUUAAAAGGAAGCGAUCUGUAUGGAGCGAAAGACGACGAAUACGUUGAUGUUACUUUUGUUAAUGUUAUGUUUGACCACAUUAUUAGUUCUCUAGUAUUUGACAAAUAUGGAAAUAUUUAUGGUUUUGUGGCUAAUAUUUUUCAUAAAUUAGACAAUUUACAGAUAGAAACAGUACUUGAUGAGAUAAUAUUAAGUCUAGACAAUGCAUCUUAUGAAAACGAAUACGGCAACAGGUCUAAACUCAGUCCUUUAUCAUUGGCAAGAAUAUAUAACGACAUAAUAUUACCUCUUUUUCCUAUACCAAAUAGUAAUCUUGAUUUAUUGUCUAUUGAUUAUAUUUAUGCACAAGCUGGUUCAAUGUUUCUUCGAGCUGGUAGAAUAAAUACUAACAAUUAUAUUAAAUACGAAAACAAUGUUGCAAAUCCAACUGAGGAUAAUUUAUUUGACCAAUACUUAAUAACUGGUCAAGUAAUUGAAAAGUUAAUCUUAACUGAUGAGAAAAAUGUCGAAAUGUUAAAAGCUUUUGCUCUUCCAGCUCUAACUUAUUACGCUUUUAAUUCAAAAUUUUUAUUUGACUAUGAAAACAUGGCAAAUUUUAUUUCAGAGUCAUAUUUCUGGCAGACGGCCUAUGAACAUUUAUUUCAAUAUACAACUGAAGCUUUUAAUGAUAUUAAUGUUGAGUUACAGUCUGAUUACACAUUCAAAAUGCACAUGGCACUUUCUAGUUUUCGAACUGGCAACGCAUUAGUCGAAUCCUUCGCGGAGAAAAUCAAUAAUUGUAAUUUAGCACUUUAUUCAUCUAAUUCUGAAUCAUUGUACUAUCAAUAUAGAAAAGGUCAAGCUAAUAUAAGUGAAUAUGCUAAAAGUAAAAUUAAUAACAUUUCCGAAUUAUAUAAAACACAUGAAUUGCAAAUAGUCGAAAAGGCCUUUUCAAAAUCUCUAAUGGAUCAACUUGAUCUUAUGACAGUUGUUAUAAGAUUGUUAAUUCCUAACAAUACAGUGUUUUAUAAUGAUUUUGAUGAGUCAAAACAUUUACCUUAUGAUAUUUUAGAAUUUUUUUUCCCUAAAAAUAUAAGUUUUGAAUACUAUAUUUUAAAACGAGAAGAUUACAACGCAACAUUAAUCAAAUACACCGAUAAUGAAGACAUUUUUGCAGAAGAUAUUAGAUUACAUUUUGAAAAAGUAUUCAGUGUUGCGACACCUAUUAUUUUAAAAACAGUUGACGAAAAUAUUACUGUCUUUUUCCAAAACUUAAUAAAUUAUAAAAAAUUGCGAUUUGAAAGUCAGUUAGGAAUUUUAGACAAUUGUCAAGAAGAAAGUAAGAAAAUAAAAAGUUACUGGUGGAAAGAAUUUGGUUUGUCAUUAGUGCCAUAUUAUCCUUGUUUAGGAACAAAUUACGGGAAUAUUUGUGUGCUAAGUAAAGAACAUUUUUUUUACAAAUACCAAAAUAACAUAUCUUCAAAAGCAAUCAACAAUAAAUCACGAUCUUUUCUGUCUUCAUUAGGUACAACUAUCAAAUCAGUAUUUUUGAAAAAUGCAAUUUCUGAAACAGUAGAUGAAAUUCUAAUUGAAGAACAAAAAUCUGGACUCACAAUAAAAAAUUUAGUAAAUAAAAUUGAAUUAUUUAAGGAUAUUUGUUUACACAUUAAAGAUCCUGCAUUUCAGUUGACAUUUACAACAGAAGACAGAAUACUUUUAUUUGAAAUAAUAAUUAUUUCUUUAAGAGAAAAGACAAAUUUUAAAAUUAAUUCUACCAUAAAUAGUCUUUAUAAGAUAAAAAUCUUAAAAUCAAAUUCUUUCAAAGCCAUUGGUACUGUUGGUGAAGACAAUACUCGAUUAAUUUUCAUAAACAAUUUAUAUAAUCAAAGUGAUACUGGUUAUGGUUAUAAGUUUAUUUUCCUAUUUGACGAUAUAUCAAAAAUUGCUCAUUUCAGAACUGGUUAUGAAUUAAAAGAUGAGAGAUUAUUUACAGAAGGGGACACAGAAAACGCAAUAAAAAAAUAUAUUGCUUUAAAUAAUGUUAGUUUUAAACCUGAACCUGAUCAUUCUAUGUAUGAAAUUAAUAAUCAACUUCGUAAGAGUCCUACUAAAGUUAUUUUUUCUGGAAUAAAAAUUCAAGCUGAUGAUAAUAAUGAAAAAUGUAAGGAUAUACAGAACCUUAAAAUUUGGAAAAGUUUUAACAUUUGUCGAAGACAACAACGUUUCAAUGAAAAAACUAUAUACGAGAGAAAAGCGAUAAAAUUUGUAAUGAACAAGACAAAUAUCCUUGAAGAACAGAUAACCAGCGUAUUUGAUAAAUUCACAUUUCCAGAUAACUUAACUCUAAUGCAAUUUGUCGAUUAUUGGAUAUAUAACAAUUCCUUCGAAGUACCUGCUUGGAGUAGAAUCUUCGAAAUUGAAAAUUCUGACCUUUUAAUAAAAUUAAGAUACCACUCACGAUUUGAACAACAUGCUAUAUCAAAUUUUGAUGGUGAAUUUAGAAUCAAUGGCCUCUACACGAAAGCAGAAAGACAUCUAAUUGAGGAAGAAGCACCUAUAAAAAAUAUAAUUAAAGAGUACAAUGAACAGAAUGCAAGUUAUUCUGUUGCAUUUCAUGAUUACUAUGCGAUACGAAAUUUUGCUACAACAGGAUACACGAGAAUAACAAGGGACACCCAAGAAGCAAAGCUGAUGAAGAUUGCAUUAUAUAAAUUAGCUAUAAGACAAUCUGAUGAUCCAGAAAAUCAGUUUGAUUUAAAAUUAUUUAGAGUCGAAUCUAAACCAAUUAAAAUUGAUAGAAAGUUAUCGCCUUAUAAUAAUAUUACUCUAACUAAAUUUACACAAGCUUUUCCAAGUGCGGCCUUUGCUAAAAGUUUUGCUGCUUAUCCAGCACCUGGAUGUAUAAACAUUAUGUAUGAAAUGGUGUUUAGUAGACCUUAUGUAAGGGCAAAAGUUGAACAAUUUUACAACCAAAAAGAUAAUAAUGUAAUUCUUCUACCUGGAAGCGAGUUUUUGAUUGUACAUCGUACAUUUGUGAGCAUUGGAGGAUUGGGCAAGGUAUUAAAACUAAAGCUAAUGUUUCGACAUACUUAUGAUGAAAAAUAUGUUUGGUACAAAAAUAUCAUGAAUGAAAUUGCACACAUCAACUUAUGAAUAUUGUAUAAAAAAAUUUGAAAUUAAGUAUUUCUGUCACUAAAAUGCUUACUUUAUAUAGAUAUAGAAUAAAUUAAAUGUUUAUGUAUUUAGUUAGAGUUAGUUUACUUAUGGUAAAAUAGUGCCAAAAGACAAUAAAUAACAACUUAUUUGUUCUUAACAACUCUCACAGCAACUGAUACUUUAGAAUAUCCUACGGACAGCCUAGAAGUAUCUGGAGUGGGAUUACAAAUAGCGACAGCUAUUCAAAGCUACAUUCAUUUUAAAAAAUUUUCUUGCUAUCGGGUGACUAAAAAAAUGGUAUCAUUUUGAUAGAUUUAGGUUGGUACAAUUGUUUUUCUGUGUAUUUUUUUACUCAUAUUUGCUUUAUUUUAUAAUUUAACAAUUUUUUUAAUAUUAAAAAUGUAUCAAAUUCAUAAGGAUUUCCCACGAUGAAGAAAUGAAGCAAUUAAAAGAAAUAUCUAAAAGCCUGACAAAUUUUCCAAGUGUAACAAUUUCAAAAGUUAUAAAAAAGGCAAUUUGAGGCAACGAUAAUUAUUAAUAUUAUUAUAUUAACACUUUUAUUUCUAAAUUUUAACCUGAAAUUUUUUUAUAAUUAAUAAUUAUAAACUAAAUAAAACAUAAGAAUAAUAAAGAAAUAAAGAAAACA